GCUCUUGAAAAUCCGGACAGUGAAAUUAUUGAAGAGCAGGCUAAAAAUCUCCACAACCUGAUUGGCCAAUUAUCUAAUGCCAAUCAAAGAGUCGCCGGUCUUCUGUUUCACCAUUUGAAGAGAGUAUCAUCUUUUGAAUCAGUAAAUCAAAUGGGUGCUGCGAAUUUAGCCACAAUGUUCGGACCCACGGUCCUUCGGCGAAAGCCAAAAUUUAACGUGGCCAAUAUGAUGGAGUUCGUAGACAAUACUUGGUUGAUGAAGGCGGUUGAAUUAUGUAUUGAUCGAGCAUCUGACGUCUUCGGGCCACCAUCGGAGUUCACUGUUGCGAAGUUGCUGAAGAUCAUUCGUGACAGAACUGCUGAGCGCCUCUCUAUUGAAUCGACAAGCACGAGUUCUAUUGAUAAGGAACUUCCAUGUACACCAGCUAGUUCUUCGAACACACCAAAUGUACCUACGCCAUCAGCAUCUACCUCGGGGGCGUCCUCGAAAUCUGCCGCAAGAGAGGCUUUCUUUUCUGACAUGAGUGGAGAGUCUACUCGCGCUUUACAAGCCAUGUCGCCCCCUGUCCUAAAGGUCUCAUAUUCCAGAUCUGAACAACCCUCUCCUUCUCCAUUUGAUCGAAAAUCAAUCAGUUCUCGAACCAGUGAAGAUUCCGGUAAAUCCACCACCCCACUCUACCACCCCUCCGUAACUCUCACUAUCCAUAAAAGUCCUACAGUAAGUGAAACACCUACCUCUCUGGCAACCAAGUCUCAGGAAUCCCUUCCUGAAUCGAGCGGGGGUAGUAGCAGUGGUGGCGGAGGAUUGAAACGUCUCCUCUCCACAAAGGCACAAAAUCUCCACCAAAAAUUGCAGAAUUUCUCGGCUGAGAGCUCCUCUCGAGCUGGUCGAGUAUUUAACACUCGAAAGCUACUUCAUUCUUCAUCUCUUCGUAAUCAUCCCAGCCAAGCGUCGUCCAGAAAUUCUCCAUCAUCGGCUUCCACAACUCCACAUAUUCUCAAGGAGAAAACCCUAGAAGUUGACGACUGUAGCUACAUUGACACAGGUCGUUAG